AUGGUUGAUGCUGUGCAAACUACGAAGUUGCUUCUGACAGUCAGCGGAGGGCUGGAAGACUUUGCUGAGAAACAAUUAAAAUGGUGUUUCCAUAACAUCGUUGACUUACACUGGCACAAGGGGCCCUCUGGCUCUCAACUGUACUUGACUUUUGCCUCGAAUAGCACCGUGAAAGAAGUGGCAGAUGCUGUCAAUCGAUUGGAUUUUGUCGAAUAUGUGUUUCUACAAAUCGAUUGCUUUCCAACGCAUGCUUCAAAAGGUUGUACUUUAGAAAAAGAGUUUUCGCUCCUGCUUCGAGAAGUUGAAACUGCCACAUCAUCGAUUUCGAAAUCGGCAUUGGACAUGUGUGAAACUAUCAGCGACGCUAUCGAUGCUACUCGAGGUUAUGACGUGGGGAUGGGAGGCCUAACUGGUGCUCUACUUCCAACACCUGAAAGUCUCGUGGAUUAUCCCCUUGGAACUCAUAAAGUCGCAUAUGAUUCACUUGACGUGAACACAAUAUAUACGAUACCAAGUGCUGCACAAUCAAUUGUCAAAACUGUCAAAAAUCACGUUUACAACCAGCCCAAUACUCAUUGUGACGAAAACAAGAUUCUUUGGAUAGACGCUGGAUCUGGAAAUGGAGCUUUUCUUAAUCAUCUUCCAGACAACUCUUCGAUAGGAGUCGAUACCAAGCCGCAAUCGGCGAAGGUGCAGCAGAUGGAUUACUUGAGUCUUGACAGAAGCUGGCUGGAGAAAAAGUUCCCAGAUCACGAAAAGUUGUUUGUGAUUUCGAACCCACCGUUUAGCCUGUCUAGCCGGGGUGACUACACUCCAAUUGUCCAAUUCAUCAAUUACACUUUUGAUAUCCUUCGGGCUGAAGCAAUGGCUGUGAUUUGUCCCUCCAAGUUUGCUAGACCAAGAAUCUGGAAAGCCCUAGGCUUGACGGCCGAUGCAAACCUAACGGGACGCUUCUUCCUUCCCAAAAAUGCAUACUACAACCCGUCAAAUGGAAAGGCUGUUGAUAUUCAUUCCUACUGUUUGAUUUUUGAAAGCACGAGAACAAAUCGAAAGAACGACGAUGAAGAAGCUGAAGCGUCUAGUCCGCAUGCAAGUCCACAUGGGGUGUACGUAUCUUCGAAACGCGACAAAAGCAUUUUCCCGGGACUGGCAACUUUAGAUCUUACAAAGGCCAUUGCGACUGGCCUUGAUAGAGCUAAAGUGAAGCUCGUACCUGAACGCAAGGCUAGACAUUUUAUCCAAGGGAAGCUAGAACCAUCGAGUUUGGAGCUUUGGUGGCAUGUCAAUCCCAACCAACCUUGUUCUGUGGUAAACUCCUCGUCGAUCAAAGUUCCAAAACAUAGUCUGGGUUGGUUAUCUCUAUCUUGCAAGCCUGGGGUUGCUUUGGCCAUGUCGUCUGCUGCCAUGAACAAGACGAAAUCAGAUGAAAAGUGUCACGUUGCAAUUGACAUCCUGAGUGGAGAAGGGACUGUUUCGUUAGAAGCUUGUAGGGCUGUUUCGAACUCCUUUUUCCUGCUUAGUGGUGACAAAAGCUUUGAAAGAUCACUGAAGACAAAGGAACACAUGCUCAAGUUACGACAAAGCACAAAACACCCGUUGCUGGUUGAUGUAGUUGUUUGGGAUGCAAACGCAUUGCCUAUUCGAGAAGAUGUUGCGGAUGCUGUAUUUGCCGAUCUCCCGUUUCAAGGCAGUACCAAGAAUAGCCACCAAGAACCAGUUGUUGGGGGUGAUGCGGAAGGUUGGAAGAAGGAUGUUACUCGUCCAGUUUCUUAUUCAGAUAUUUUGCGUCACGCAUGCAGAGUGUUGAAGCCAAAGGGACGGGCAGCGCUUCUUAGCCCUGACUUCAAGGCUCUCCGACACGCCGCUGGGAAGUAUCACUGGAAUUCUCUGUGGCAUAGCAAGAGUGUCAAUCUUGGAGGUUUGUCAGGGAAAUUGUACUUGAUGGAGCGUCAAGAAGCAUCCACAAAAGACUUGAGUAUGUGGGUCACACCGACAACUACCGAUCUAAGCGAUUGGAUACUUCGUAUUGCCCAAGAAGCGUGUUCCUCUGAGGUAUCAGAAAUGCUGCCACUGCUCUCGCUAAAAGUGAAUCCAGUCAGGAGUGUCACUUUAGGGAGUACUUACUUUCACGAAAAGAAGAAAGCCAACACCCAUUGCUAUCGGAUUGAAUUCGAAAGCCAAAUCCGAAAUAUUCAAGCUAAAGAGCUUGAGAAACUCAUCCGCAAGGCCAUUGAGCCAAAGCUUCUGGAUGGGCUAUGCCUCAGAUAG